UACUAGAGAGAAAUAUCAGUGGAAAUAAAAACAACACUCCUUGUUUUUGCUUAUGAAAAAUAGACCAAAUAUAUUAACAGUGCAAAAAGGUGCAUCAGUUAUACUGGUCUAACAUAAUAUGGUACGAAAAGGAAUAUUCAAAAUAUGGAUUUUUUUCUAACAUUAUGUUUUUACAUAUGUUUAUACACAAUAAAACCAUAGGAACCGUAAGAUAAAUCGUUGUUAAGGUGGAAAUACGUGUUUAGAGAUUCCGAUCAGACUUUUAGAAUAUCAAAGCACAACGUAGUACGUACCAAAGGCAAUGAAUCGGGAAACGCCCAACCUGUCUGAGGAUGAUGAUUCAAUGCGAAAGAUGUCGCCUCACAACAACCGCCGCCGACGACCUGCCGGCGAAGUGCUUCAGCGCUUUAUCGUCGGCACAACAGCCACGUGCACGCUCGUCAAUUGCAGUAUGCUAAUUAUAUCCACAGCGGCAGGCCGUUGGUUAUUCGGGUCAGUGUGCUGUCAGCUGUUUGGUUUGGUCAGUCAAGCGCUUGUCGCUGCGUCCGCCUGGAUGAUCACAAUUUACGCCAUUGAAAGAUUCACAUUUCAUCUAGUUCCAGUGGAGUACGCGUCCUUGUUCUCGGAGAUAAACACACGGAUCCUUGUGUGCGGCACGGACUUCUGCCUGCUGGUCCUCCACACCGCCCCACUUUACGGCUGGGGGGAGUACUCGUCCUACAGAGGUGGAAUGCCAAUAUCUGUUUUGCAUUGGAAAAAUAAUACAAGUAACUCGUCUAACAGCUUUGAAUACCUAUCAAACAGUGCACAUCAAAUAGUUGAACAACACGCACAAACAAACGACCAUACAGACUCUAAUGUGGAGCCAAGUGACUUGGUAAUGCCACAACCACAAGUAUACGGGGCUGUAGUCGUGUACAUAUUCAAUAAGUUGUACGGCUGUGAUGUAAGACUUAUAGCAGUCCCCUUCUUUCAACUACUCCUGCGUUGUCCUACAAACACCCACUUGAAGCAUGUACUAAGAGACUACACAAACAGUGUUUUAGGAAGUACUUUCAGGACACGGCUUACAGAUUUUCUGCAUACCCAUUCGGUUAUAGGAGUUUCAACUAAUCUGGAAUUCUAUAUCAAUCCAAACGAUCUGCAAGCCUAUCAAGAAACCUAUAUAUCAUAUCAGGAACUUGGCAUUUGUAGCCUGGACUGUUCGCCAAUCAAUCCGUCAGUGACGUCAUGGUUAACCGUGGUUAUCAUGACUACCACGUGUCUACCAUACGUUAUUUGCGCUGUGUUAGCCGCCAUUUUGUACCGCUCAGUGCGCGCUCAGUCACCCAACGCGCAUGUCACACCAGUGUGCCUUUCACUAUUGUCUGGCUCUGUGUUUGGUGUUCUCACUUCAGGGGUGUAUUAUUACACGGCUGUGCUCAUUUCUCGUUCCGUGUUUGUUCAUACAACUCUGCAGAUUGUUGCACACCUGCUCUAUUUUACAAACUGUGUUUGGUUUAUACUCAGUAACUUAUUGUCAAAAGUUUGCACAAAACCCCACAAACUUCUGUGACAAUACGGAGAUGUCUAUGGAUUAACAGUGCCAU